CCUUCGCGUCACAGCUGUUUGCACUCACAACUUCUUCACCUGUUUUACUAGCAAAAACAAAAGCGGACCAUGAGCGAGAACAAUGUGCGUGGAGACACACAGGUCAAUUCAGCCUCUAAAGAAAGCGGAAAUUAUAGACAUACGGACAAGCAUAAAAACAAGGAACACAGACAUAAAGUCCACAAGAAAGACAGGGAGCGAGAGAAGCUCAAGCACACACACAGUUGCACCAGAUCCCUUGGCACAUACAACAAGAACGAGUACAACCGUUACAUAUGAACCCAAGGAGCGGACUGAGAAGAAACACAGAAACAAAGAGAAGAUGAAACACACAGAGAGUGGAUCAGACAAGCAUGGGGGCGAAAAACACAAAGAGAAGCAGAGAGAAGAAAAGAUCAAAUCAUCCCAAACAGACAAACCUAAAAAAGAGAAACGGAAUAGACACAUAAGAGAUGAAAGCCAUACAGUCAUUAAGAGUGAGCCGGAAGACAACAAUGGCUUCUACACGUCCACCCACCUCCAGAACACACCCAAACAAGAAUAUGACGUAGAAGAAUAUAAACGCAAACCCCAAAAAGUCAAGACAGAAGAAGAUAAAAAGGUCAAGAAGAGGAGACAUGAGUACAAAGUCGAUGAGGAUGAUGAAGACUUGAAGCCCAAAAAGAAGAAAGUAAAUCAUAAAGUAUCUGGAGGAAAGAAAGUUGAAAAGGAGGAAGAGGAGAAGUGGAAAUGGUGGGAGGAGGAAAGAUACACUGAUGACUCCAAAUGGCGCUUUCUUGAACAUAAGGGGCCAGUGUUCGCUCCCCCAUAUGAACCAUUGCCCAGCAAUGUCAAACUUUACUAUGAUGGUAAACCAAUGAAACUUAAUGCCCCCGCUGAAGAAGUAGCUACAUUCUUUGCCAAAAUGUUGGACCACGAAUACACUACAAAGGAGGUCUUCCGAAAGAACUUCUUCAAAAACUGGAAGAAGGAAAUGACAUCCAAAGAGAAAUCAAAGGUCACUGACCUGAACAAGUGUGACUUUAGCCAGAUGCACGAGUACUUCAAGGCCCAGGCCGAAGCACGCAGGCUGAUGUCAAAAGCGGAGAAACAAAAAAUCAAAGAGGAGAACGAAAGGGUCGUGCAGGCGUAUGGGUACUGCAUCAUGGACAACCACAGAGAGAGGAUCGGAAAUUUCCGCAUCGAACCUCCAGGCCUCUUCCGAGGGCGAGGCGACCAUCCAAAGAUGGGCAUACUGAAACGACGCAUCAGACCUGAAGAUAUCAUUAUUAACUGCAGCAAGGACUCCAACCAUCCUAAACCUCCCCGGGGAACCAAAUGGAAAGAGGUUCGCCAUGACAAUAAGGUAACCUGGCUUGUAUCUUGGACAGAGAACAUUCAAGGCUCCAACAAGUACAUCAUGUUGAACCCAAGCUCCAGGAUCAAGGGUGAGAAGGACUGGCAAAAAUAUGAGACAGCUCGCCGUUUGAAAAAAUGCGUGGAUCAGAUUCGGAACCAGUACAGAGACGACUGGAGAUCCAAGGAGAUGAGGAUCAAACAGAGAGCAGUCGCCCUUUAUUUUAUUGAUAAGCUCGCACUUAGGGCAGGUCACGAGAAAGAGGAAGGCGAGACCGCAGACACCGUCGGCUGCUGCUCACUGCGGGUGGAGCACAUCAACCUGUACCCAAAGAUGGAUGAGCAGGAGUAUGUGGUGGAAUUGGACUUUUUGGGCAAGGACUCUAUUCGCUACUACAACAAGAUCCCUGUGGAGAAGAAGGUGUUUAAAAAUCUCAAGCUGUUCAUGGAGAAUAAGCACCCUGAAGAUGACCUCUUUGACAAACUGAAUACAUCUAUUUUGAAUAAGCAUUUACAGGAGCUGAUGGACGGCCUGACCGCGAAGGUCUUCCGCACCUACAACGCCUCGAUCACACUACAGCAGCAGCUCAAAGAACUUACCUCCCCUGAUGAAAGCAUGCCAGCAAAAAUCCUGUCGUACAACCGAGCCAACCGAGCAGUGGCCGUCCUCUGUAACCACCAGAGAGCACCACCGAAAACAUUUGAGAAGUCAAUGCAAAACCUCCAGACUAAGAUCGACAAUAAACAGAAUCAACUUUCCGCAGCCAGGAAGCAGCUGAAGGCUGCUAAGGCUGAUCACAAGGCUUCCCAUGAUGAGAAAAGCAAAAUGGCUGUGGAGGUGAAGCGUAAAAUUGUGAAGAGGACAGAGGAGCAGCUGAUGAAGCUUCAGGUGCAGGCCACAGACAGACAGGAGAAUAAGCAGAUUGCUCUGGGCACCUCCAAACUCAACUAUCUGGAUCCACGCAUAUCUGUUGCAUGGUCCAAGAAAUGUGGUGUAUCUAUUGAGAAGAUCUACAACAAAACCCAGAGAGAGAGGUUUGCCUGGGCAAUUGACAUGGUUGACCAGGACUACGAAUUUUAAAACUUACACAAGUGUUGCACCUUUUUCGAUCGAUACUCGUUAUUUAAAAAAGAACUUUUAAUGAGGAUAAAUAGCUCUGCUGUGCAAUCACUGCAGAUUCAUGAAGAUAGAAGCAAACCUUGUUGGAACCGCGGCAAAAGUUAAUAAUUGACCUAUAAUGGUGUUGUUAAUAUUGACAAGUUACUUGUUACUUCCGUUUGUCUGACCAGCCAAAGGAACACUAAAGACAAUAGAAAGCCAAGCACUGAAUAAUGAGAAGACAAUGACUUAUUUUCAUGUCAUUUGAUUUUUCCUUUUUCAUUUCAGGGAUAUACAUAAUUUUCCCAGUGUUUCUAAAAGUGUUUUGUAUGCAUCGUUAUUUAUGGCUGAUGUUAUACACUUUAUGUGUCUCCAGUUUGCAGUCAACAAGAUGUAGCGUUCGAUUUGGUUACUUGAAACUGCUGAAGUACAGCACUUAAAGCUUUUUUUUUUAGUAAGUCCUGAAGCAGGAUGUCAAUUUAGCCCCAAAAAAAAGAUCAUAUGGUUUAUCACUGUAUGUGCUUUUUUUUUGUUUUGUUUUUUGUAUUUCUGUGAAAAUGAAACAGGUGUCAUCAAAAUGUGGAAGGAUGUGUUUUUAUUAAUGUCAUUUGUUCAAUUUUAAUGACAUUUAAUUUCUCAUUGUUCAAUGCCUUUUGCAAGUGUGUAGUUUCGAGAAUAAA